AUGGAUGCAAGCACAAGCAGGGCGUAUUCCCGAGUUGGGAAAGGAAACCCCCGUCUUUCCUCAUCCCCGGUCGUGAAAGAGGUGCCUCUCGAAGAGAUAUUUGACUGGGACCUCUACUGCGAGUCCACCGGGGAGCUAGAACCUUCCCGCUUCCCCGGCUAUCAGACCCCGGGGGAUUUGUCCAAGCUCAUAACCCAAUUCACUCCCACAUCUUUUGAUCUUGAUAACUUUGCCAUCGAUGACCUUCGAACAGAGUUUUACAGAAUGAAAGCUCCGUUCCGGUCUGAUGAUGACACGGCCACCACUUCCGACUACUCGGGACACUCCCCCCCAGAGCUGAUCCAAGGCGGAGGGAGCACUUCUCCUUCGGACCACUCUGGAUCUGUCUUUCUCGAUCACGCUGAAGAGCGUCCCCACCCUUCUGAUGUUACCCUUCAAGAAGUCCAAGCCCAGGAUGACGAGUGGACGUAUCCCCAGACUGACCUGGCCAAGGCUGUCCGUCGCGGAUAUCCAUCUCAUAUCCACCUUCAGCAAGACUAUGCUGGCCUCCAGACAAGCACGUCCGCUGGAACAAAGCGUCGACGCUCCAGCAAAGACGUCGAGAAGAGACCCAGACAGUUGGUCGACCCUGUACAGACGGCAGACGUCCGGAAGAGUGGGGCGUGUGUGCCAUGCCGAGUAACCAAGACCAGGUGUCAUGACAGCGGCGUUUGUCCCACGUGCAGAAAGGCGUUCCCAAACCAUUCUCAUCUGGUAUGCACUCGCAUGACUCCUGCAAUGGCCUGGCCAGUGAUGGGCAAGGUUCCAGACUUCUGGUCCAGCGUUGCUGCAGAGGAGCAGUAUCUGUGCUCUGGGCCGCGAUUUUACACCGGGAGCCCUAGAGAUAUUUCCAUCUUCUUCAGCAAGGACACCACUUCGUCAUCCUUGCAUGCCACAGUUCAGGCUUACAGGUCCACCAACAACCACGACGAGGUUGGCAGCCCAAGGACGAUUGCCUUCCCACGGGAGAAGGUACCAAGUCACCCGAAGCUGCAGCGAUGGGUAGAAGACCAGAUCAAGCGUGAGCAUGGCCCACAAUUCAGCCAGGUCUUGCAGAGCUUCUUGUUGGCCUACUCCGGAGAAGGUCUUAGAAAGCUCCCCAAGUAUGAUUUGGUCAGAAAAGUCCACAAGAUGAACUGUUUCUUCAGAAUCUGGAAGAUGCCAUCGUUUUGGUGCAGGGACCCAUCUAAGAAGAUCGUCAUCCUUCCAGUUUCGGUCCAGGCUCAGCUGCGCAGCAUUGCAAGGAAGGCACUGGACCUGUUGGAGUAUGAUGUCUUGAAGAUGUUGGAUGAAUGCCUUAGCCAACAAGGCUCACCCAAGGCGGAGGAGAGAGUGGCUAUCUGGGUGAGCAUGUGGCAGCUUAUGCUCAUGUACCGUGAGCUCUUGGCGGCGUACAAGAUCCAUUUGAGCAACAUGAUGCAGGACCCAAGCUCGCCAGACGAAUUCAUCAGCUCUCAGACACACCAGUAUCAGCGCUUGAUUGACAACUUUUACCCUUUGCUUGCCAUCUUUUACCAUUACCAGUUUCGCACAAAGAAGAGCAUCGAGCUUUCAUUCGACUGGCUAGACGGUAUCUCCUCUUCAUAUGUCCCACGGGAAGAUAAAGACCUCAUUCGGCGCCUCGGACAUCAGUUGGUCGCGUCGAGAAAGGACUUGCACAGCUAUAUCCAGUCCACAAAAGACAUUGACCAAGUAGACAAUAUGCUCUGGACUUUCGUUGUGGAGCACGAAAUCAAGAAGCUCAAUGCGCGGAAGAGAAACACAAAGGGAUCAACAUCCAAAUCAAAAAAGUCGCAUCAUUUUGAUGAUGAGUACGACGACGAGUGA